AUGGAUAAUCAAGCCUACCAGGAGUUGGACUGGGCCGCGUUGAUCAAAGAGGUCUAUGGCGAUGCUCCCGCAGAGGUCCCAGCCGAGCAAACUGAGCCCCACGACAAUAUGCCGGCAGUUGGCGGUCCUAACGGUGAAUCCGAGGACUUCGAGAUAGACUAUGCCACCAUGGAUCCUGUCAAACUCGGCCAGCGCAUUGACAGUAUGUUUCCCCUGGAUGAAGCUGAAAAGGUGGUUGAAGCCUCCGCUGUGAACAGUUCUGACACAGCCUGUGACGGUAUCUUUGUCCAGAAUCUUCCCCAUGUCGGUGUCGGAUUCUUCCAUAUGAACAAUAUUGAUCCAGCCCUUCUCAGUCAUGGCAACCAGAACGAUGGUUCUUUGCUUGGGGCCGGAGAAUUCUACAGCUAUGGAGCACAGCCGCUUAACAACAAUGGCGGAAACGAUAACGAGGGGGCUUCUGACGACCAUCCAAACGCCUACCAUGGGUUCUCAUACCCCAACCUGAUGAACGACGCCGUUCAGAACUACCAUGACGUUGUUUACGCACAGAACAUGAACAUGGCAGGGGGGGAGUAUCCAGUUCAUCCCCAAGCUGCGUCCCAGACUUUUGAGUCUAAUGCCAUCUAUGACAUUGCAUACGCCGAGAACCUAGCACUGCUAGCAGAGCCUGAGGAUCCGGUCGCCCCGCAAGCUGCCGCGCCUCAAACCCCUGGAUCUGAUCGUGAUGCUGAUCAUGAUGCCAUCUUGGAGGAUAUCAUUCCUCCGGGUCCCGCAGCUCCAUGGGCGAAUGCCAACGACAACAACAUGAGCGAUGCCCCCGAGGCUGCGGACGACCGUGCCAAUGGUGUUGGGCUUCAGACGUGCACAUCCUGCGGCACAAAUACAACAAAAGCCUUCCGAUUCUGGCGACGCCGUCCAGGACUUUCAGAAUUCGGCGCCCAAUCCGGCCCGCCUAAUCCCCUGCCCUACUGUUUGGACUGCGCCGACAGGACCGCCGUAGCUUGGGUGCGGGCCCGCCCUCAUAGACGCGGCAGGCGUCCCCUUGAAGCCCCAGGAGGGUUCAGAGCUGCCGUCAUCAAAUUUCUCCUUGACGGGGCCCAUGUCCCGGAACGGCUGCUGGUGGCCGACCGCUACCUGUUCUGCCGAGGCUGUCUUGAUCCCGAAGCCAUGGUCGGCACGCCUAACGACGUUUGUGACACCUGCCUGGGAACUAUACGUUGCGAUGACUGCGGCCGCUGCGAAACCGCGGCGGGUCGGCUGACGGGGCAUCGUGAUGGUUCGACGCUCUGCCAUCAUUGUGCCGCUGCCAGGGGCCGGCGUCGCAGACAGGCAUUGGUAGGUAUAUGA